UGCGUAACGUCCAACCGUGUUGUGUUAGCUAGUUAGCUAGCUACCGUUACCAUGCAGGAAUAUGUUUACGGCAGACAGCGAAGGAGCCGGACUGUGUUUUUAUUUUAGGGGCCGCGACACAGAUUAGCGGGCGGUAAAAUGAGUUUUAAAGCGAAACGUUCUUUUUUAUUCUAAGGUUGGAUAAAUUGUGACUAGCACGCUGGCUAGUUAGCAUGUUGUCAAGCUAAGGUCAAGAAGCUGGCCAGUCUGACAGCUAACGCUCACUAACAUGGUACCCAGGAGUCUGUGAGCGUGAUCUAUGGCUUUAAGCCGCGAUGACACUUUCUGAGCAGCUCUGGCUACGACACGUUAACUCUAGAAUAUGGACUUGUGUCGUUUUGAUGAAGACGAAGAGGUUUGUACCUUAAAGUUUUAUUGACUUAGAUAGAUCGAGCUGGAUCACCAGGUGGAAUGCACUGUCACUACUGCAGGACACGAGUGGAGGUUUGAGCUGUAGCUUCAGCUGCACUGGGUGUGAUGAUGACCAUGCUGUGCAUUUAUUGACAUCUUUCCAAACGUCCCACUUUAGCAUCCUUUUCACUAGAUAUUACGGGAGCGGGACAGGUCUCUACUCAUGUGUGCUGGGGGUUGAAAGGUUUUAUCAUGAACCUCAUUCAGUUUAGCUUCUAUUCAGGUUGUAGUGUUGUAUCAAUCAUGUGGAGGUGUUGGAGCUUAAACCCAUUUUCAACCCCUUUUUGUCUAGUCAGCUUUUAUAAAUGUUUACUGUCAUAACUGAUACUCAAGCAAUAGUAGCAGGUAUUUACUACUGGUAUCAUAUUACUUGUUUCAUUUUUAGUACAGGCAUAUGUGUAUUUAUUUAUAAUGAAUGCAAAAUGAUAUAGUAGUUCAAGUUGGUCUCAUAGAGAUGGAUUUAUGUCCCUCUGAUUGAGACAUAUCCACACUUUGGGCCUGAUGCACAAUAGAGUGGAGGUGAGGCUGGUAUAAAUAGUACGGGUGAGGGAAGGGUGAAGAUGUCUCUGCACGGUUGUGUGUUGUGCUUUUUGUUGAUAUUACGUGGCAUGUUCUGUACAGAGAUUUGGUUUCUUGCUAAUGCUAGUCUGGCAGGAGCAGCACUGUCCUCUCAUGUUGCACUAUAAUGGACCAAAACUGGCAGAAUGCAUACAUUCACCCACUGUAAUUAGGUACAGAUGAACAAACCAUUCAGUUUAUCUGGAAUCCUCUGCCCUGUGUGUGCCACAGACUGAGUUCUAUUAUACAAACAACUGAAGGUGAUAUACAGUUGGGGGAAAAGUAAUACCACUGUAGUGCCCUUGUUUUCUGCAUACAUUGGUCAUGGAAUGUGAUCUGAUCCGAAGCCACAGCUCUAAACAUGUACAACAUUGUUUCUGUAUGUAGGACAUUUUCUGGUGUCGUAUGAUUAUGAAGGUGAACCUCAGUAAAGAGGUUAUGUUUUGUUUGGAGAGCAGUGACUUCCUCUUUGGUGCCCUGCUGUUCCAUUUCUGUUCAGAGUUUGGCACAUGGUGGACACAGCAGCGAUGUUAAGCAGCACCAGUGAAUCCUUCAGGUCUGGAGUUGUUGUUCUACAGUUCUCUGUCACUGAGCGUUAUGUAUUGUGUUCUUGGCUUGCUGCUCCAGAGAGUAGCCUCAUUACCAAAUCAUCUCCAUUUAUAGACAAUAUGGGAUCGGACGAAUACCUGAACACAUGAGAUUUUUCUACAUCCAUUUCCAGCUAUGCGCAAAUCUUCUGGUGUCAUUUUUGUGAUGUGUGACUCACAUCAGCUAAUGUUGCUUGUUUUUGUGUGGUUAAAACACAGUCAGGGUAGUUCUAACCACACUCCCAGUCUAUCUGCUAAUGCCUGAUUCCAGCCCAGUAUUUGGAGUCAUCAGUAGUCUGGUGUUUCACUUCCUUUUUCCCCAUCUCUUUGUGGAUUUAAUUAGUCUUUUCAAUAAAUGUUUUUAGAAAAAAUACAAGACUUUGUAGAUUUAUACUAAAUGUGCAAAAUUGAGAUUAGCCAAAGCUAAAAGGUUGAUUUAUGGGAAUUAUAGUUUCGGUGCUCGCCACAUUGUUUCACACAAGAACCCAUCAGGCCUGGCAGCGCAUCACCAGAAAACAUCCUCAGCAACUGAUGAUGUCUAUGAAUCACACGCAAAAAACGUCAUUGCACGCGAACAAUACGCAACAAAUGACUAAACAUGACUGCUUUCAUUUACAUAAUGUUGAUGUGUCCCCAGUGUUACUGUGCCUUGUAAUUGGGGGAUGUUGUAUAAACACUGACAUCAUUUCUACAACGUAUAAAACCAAAGGAUGUGUAUUUUAACCACAUCUUGGCCACUAAGAACAGGACACAUAUCGAUUCAGUUAAAAGGUGAUGAAUUUGGAAACAGUAAAAAGAUAAAAAUUUAUGUUUUGAGUAUUCGACGGCCAUCUUCAGAACGGCAGUAAGCGUUAAACAUAUUGAAUUUGUAAAGUACUUAAGAACCAGACAUGGACCGCUUUGAUAAAGUAGUAAAAUAUUAAUGUGUGAACACACUGCAAAUGGUUAAGAGGGAAUGUUAACAUCUUAUGUAAAGUCUGAGUCACUGAACAGUAAAGGUGUGGUUCAGUCUCAUACCCACCUUCUAUUAUUUCUGCUUGAUGAGUAAGGAUUUAAGAAUAAUUAACACAGUGCCGACUACAGGAGGCCGUUACAGAGAGGAUCAUCAAAAUAACCUCAUGGAAGCAGUGACUUCUAUGUUCUUCUAUGUAACAAGUCAGAUCUGUGUGGAACCUCAUACAGUUCUAAAUUUCUGCAUUUCGAGCUGUGCUAUUGAGUGUCAGCAUCAAAAGCCAUGGUUUUGUCUGAUGACAGGAAUCAGAACUACACAAAUACACAACAAAUACAUUUAUUACACCAUCUUUACUUGUUAGUUUAUUAUUAUUGUGUAAAUAUUAUUUGGCAUCAUUGUUGACUCUGACUUGCCAAUGAGCAAGUAUCAUCUUUUCAUGCAGCGUUAUAAUGUGAAGAAAUUAGAGUUGCAAUGUGAAAUAAUCAUUUACAGAGACAACAUAAAAUUAACAGCUGCUGUACUAUUUUCUCUAUAAUGUUAAUUAUUCAGUGGAGUGAUUUAAUAGUUACUUUGGCUGAAAUGAGCAAGUUCCUGUGUAUUUUAUUUGCUAAACUCCAUGUGUAACAGCACUAAUGCCGGCCUCUCCACAGGGAGCGUACGUACAUGUUCUGUUCUCCUUGCUACUGCUGAUCCAGACAUUUUUCCUAUUAUUCUGGAAUGUAAACCAACCUUGGUCCGGCUGCUGUUGCUGUGAAACCACUACUGUACUGUCUCCAAACUGCCCAUUAGAAGUAGAUGUGUGACAAGCUCCUCUUCACUCCCUGGGGCAUAAUUGAACUCUCAGUCUUGACAGUUGUGCCAUUUCCGGGCAGCUGACCAACACCUGGAUGGUUUCCACUCAAAACAUGGGACACUUCUUACAUUCCACAGCAAAGACUAUGGAAAGUAUUUCAUGCGCGUUGGGGUGAAUUUGGCACGUGUUGCCAGUCUUGGUUGUCGUGAUGAGUCCACAGUCUUCAUUUUGUGGUGAGGAGGGAGAUGGAGACACGUGUGGUCUUGGUGGUUGUUUUGACUGAUCUGGACUCCUGUCUGACCCGUGUGAGAGUGCGUGCGUGUGUGUUCGUUCUGUCAGGGGACAUAGACGAGCAGCUGUGAGUGUUAUGUUUUCCCAGUCAUGGUUUUGUGAUUUCUUGUGCAGACAGAUGUGUUUGGGGUUUGUCCCCUGUGAAGAUGUGCGACACUGAGAAGAAGCUUUUUAUUUUUAAAUAUUAAACUCAGACGGCAAUGUAUUAAAUAAAAAGUCUCUUUUUCAUCUGAAAAUUCCUUUUCCUUUACUGCCUUCUGUGCUUUUUCCUUCCUCCUCAUUGUGUUACUUCUCUCCUUGAUGUUGUGAUAUUCUGUAUCGUCUGCUGUACAACCUGGACCAACCAUGAUACUUGUGUUAUACAUGUGUGACUCCCAUGAAAACGUCAGCGGUUGCUACUUUCGGCCUGUUUUGCAUCUUUUUUCCUGGUUAUGCAACAAUUCACUAAUGUAACUACAGCAAAACGCAUGCAGAAGCUGCUGAGUCGGGCCUUUGUAAUGAGAGUUGAUGAUCGUGAUGUGUUGCCUCCAGCCUUUGUAUAUUGAAUUUGAGGGUUUUGGUAGAAUGCUGACUAACAGCACCAGAUUAGGAUUUUAAAAGCAAUCCUGCUAGAAGCACAAGGAGGCAGGUUGGAACCUGAUGGUGUUUGGGCUUUUGUAUGUGGAGUUUGGUUUCCUGCAGUUUCUCUAAUUUGUCUGUAGCUGUACAUGGGAAUGGGAGUGUCUCUGGACGCCUUAAUUAGCAUUGUGUCUUGUGUGAUUUGAUUUUCUUGUCAUGUAAAUGAUUAGAUUCAAUCAGAAGAAUUGGGAAUUAGUUGGAUGUAAUCCAAUGAUAAAGGUAAAUAGGUACUGUAGAUGUUUUUGUAAUCAUUGUUGUUGCAAUUACUUUUGCUGAUGGACUCCUGCAGGCAGGAUGGCGGACACUGUCUCACAAAUACAUGCAGCCUGAGUGAAUGCGGAGUAUUAAACACAGAUGCAGCCCCAGCAAAUAUGCACCGCCACUCUUAGAUAUUCCUGUAAGUGCUUAAUUGGCUCUGUCUGUGACUUAAUGAAGGAAAACAAGAUUCCGUCACACUCGCACUCACACUCACUGGAAGUUGUAAAUAGCAGCCUAAUCAGUCUGUCAGUGCUGUGAAGCUGCAGUGAGCCCACAGCUUUGUCCCAGUGAUGGCUGAUGAUGUAAGAUAUGCUCAGUCAGAUCCUCUAAGCUGAUUGGGUGCUUGCUCAGGUCGUUCAGCACCAUUGGCAGCAACUAGCGCAGCGAUUAGCUUGGGUUUGUUUGUGUCUUUGUUUUUACCGUCGACGUCCUGCACUGCCUUCUCCAGUUUCAGUCAGACGGCCCUCAAAGCUCACACUGAGUAAAAGCAUUAAUCACAGGGCGAUGUUCACUCCUGCUGCUCAUGUCACUGUGUUUAUGACCAACCUGGACAGACGGUUGUUGAAUUUGACCACAGAUAUGUUCAGAAUGUAGUGAUUAACAAAGUGUGUGUGUGUGUGUGUGUGUGUGUGUGUGUGUGUGUGUGUGUGUGUGUGUGUGUGUGUGUGUGUGUGUGUGUGUGUGUGUGUGUGUGUGUGUGUGUGUGUGUGUGUGUGUGUGUGUGUGUGUGUGUGUGUGUGUGUGUGUGUGUGAGAGAUCAUGCAUCAUCAGAGUUAUUUUACUGAUCUUAGAACAGGGCAGAUGUGGCUGAUUUUUGCUAAAUUUAGAAUCCAUUGCUCAUGGGAACCAGUGUUCUGUGUGUGUGUGUUUGUACGUGUGCACGUGUGCGUGCGAACGUGCUGCCUCUGCAUCUGGGGCUCACGCUUGGUCGAGCGCAGGUCGUGACUUGAGCUUGUCUGCUGUGAGCCGCCGUGUUGUGACCCUGUGAUGUGGGUCCGUGUGACGAGUGUGUAGUUGCAGGCAUUUCUUACCUUGAUGACAGGAUGAGGGCUUGAGGUUUUCAAGGUUUUCCGUAAGCAUGAAACUGGAAGUUCCUCAUUUUAGCAGCUGACUUUUUAUCGCUCCUCUGACAUGUUUACAAGUCAAACAGAAAAAUGUCAGAAAACAUGUAAUUGAGAACGAGAGCUGACAUUUACCGAACAGCGAGUGUCGACUUUGGUGACAAGCGUCACAAUAAGACCUUUAAACUAUUUGGAGCCUAGUAUUAGUUGUGUUGUCAGUUCUAAGUGCAGUGCUGGUCUCCUGCGUCUUUCGUUCUGUUCUCCCUCCUCGACCCGCUCUGUUCUCAUACGUUACCUGGCCACCGCUCCUCCCUCGUCUCCUGAUGCCUCCCACCCAUCUGCAAUGACCCACUACUUAAGCCCCAGCACUCAGUCCGUGGAGCCCCAGACCACACGUCCUGCAGCCGUGUCACCUGUUUUCAGGAUGCUCUGCUUCAGCCUGUUGCCCGUACUGAAGUGCUGACCUGCUCUGUCGGACGCCCUGCUCCUCCUGCCGUCCCCCCGUCUCUCUCUCCCCCGGCCUCCGUUCUGACCCGGCCUCCAUACUGCCAGCGGUGGAUUGGAGCACUCUGAUAGGAGGCCUAGCGAGGUGGUUUUUCGGUCUGGCGCCGCCUCCCCCAGCGGCCGGCGUGCGCUCCCAGCAGCCUGUGGUGCCCUGUACCCCCCCCUCCCCGUCACUGCACACCAGAGCCCAUGCCCAGGGAGGAGGCGCAGUGCGUCCGCCAGGAGCCAUGUGCCUCCCUCACACCAACAACAUGGACAGCAAGCUGCAGGGGACGGGGCCGGGGGGAGGGGGGUCACUGCGACCACGCGGAGGGGGUGUUCCACUGGAGCCCUUCAUUCACCAGGUGGGGGGUCACACCAGUAUGAUGCGGUACGAUGACCACACAGUGUGUAAGCCUCUGAUCAGCAGAGAGCAGCGCUUCUAUGAGUCCUUGCCUCCAGAGAUGAAGGAGUUCACUCCUGAGUAUAAAGGUGUGGUGCUGGUUUGUUUCGAGGGCGACUCUGACGGCUACAUCAACCUGGUGGCCUACCCCUAUGUGGAGAGCAGCAUGGAGGGAGGGACAGCGGAGCACGAGGACCGUGAGCCACCAGAGAGGGAGCAGCCGAGGAGGAAACACUCCCGACGCAGCCUCCAUCGCUCCUCCUCUGACCACAAGGACGAGCGUCCCGACAGGAGGGAGGCGCACGAUACGGACAACUCCGACAGUGUUGCAGAGCUCAAGAGUCCGAGGCUCGACACGAAGAUUCACUCGGACGUUCCCUUCCAGAUGUUGGACUGGAACAGUGGUGUGACAUUGGAGAAAAUCAGCCAUAACCCCUGGAGCCUCCGCUGCCACAAACAACAGCUCAGCCGCAUGAGAUCCGAGUCCAAGGACCGCAGACUCUUCAAGUUCCUGUUGUUGGAGAACGUGGUUCACCACUUCUCGUAUCCCUGCAUCCUGGACCUGAAGAUGGGCACCAGGCAGCACGGGGAUGACGCCUCCGAGGAGAAGGCAGCAAGACAGAUGAAGAAAUGUGAGCAGAGCACUUCAGCGACGCUGGGAGUCAGAGUGUGCGGCAUGCAGGUGUAUCAGCUCAACACUGGUCACUACCUGUGCAGGAACAAGUACUAUGGCCGCGGGCUGUCAAUCGAAGGCUUCCGCCAAGCCCUCUACCAGUACAUGCACAACGGGAAGGGCCUGAGGCAGGACCUCUUUGAGCCAAUCCUGAAUAAGCUUCACAGUCUGAAGGCGGUGCUAGACAGGCAGGCGUCCUACCGCUUCUACUCCUCUUCACUGCUCAUCAUCUACGAGGGAAAGGAACCUGACGGCCCAUCAGUCCUCGGCUCUGGCCAGCAUGCAGCCUGGCAGCUGAAGACUCCCGUGGCCCCUGCGGAGCCUCGCUGCGGCCCUGCUCCUCUGGCCCCUGAUGCUUCCUGUGCAACAGGCAUCGGCCACAACCCAGACCUAGGAUCAGUUUCCUCUCAGGGAUCUGGACUGAUGGUUCCUCCCACCCUCUCUCCUCCUCCUCCCGCACAGGCCCCAGCCUCCAAAUCAGACUGCUUCUCCUUCCUCCCCCCUCCCCCCUCACCUCACCCACGUGCAGACUCAUCCACAUCCUCACCUCCCCACUUCUCACCUCCCCCCACACCUCAGCAGCCGGUGGACGUCCGUAUGAUUGACUUUGCUCACUCUACCUACAAGGGUUUCCGUGGCGAUACAGCUGUUCACGACGGCCCAGACCGGGGUUACGUGUUCGGCCUGGAGAACCUGAUCCAUAUCCUUGAGAGCCUGCGAGACGACAACCUGCCAUAGCUCUGAACGCACACAGAACAUGUUUAAAGUUAGUUCAGGUUGUACAGUCAAUACGGACUUGGCUGUAAAUAUGGAACAGGGUUCUCCAGGAUAUCACCAUGGCAACAUGGGCAUCCUACAGUUGAGUAGUUACUAUAGCAACAGCCGUGAGGUGGGACAAUGGAGCUGAAAUGGUUGCAACUUCCAUCUGAUAUGGAGACGCUCCGUGUGUGAGGCUCUGCACAGCGUACACACAGCUUGUUCUCUAUACAUGUGAGGACCUACUAACAGUAACCAUUGGAAUUCCACCCCUUACCCUUUAGUCCCCUUCAGAUCACUGUACGUCUUAAGUCUCAUUUGGAUAAGAUUGGAAUAACAAGGGAAGAAUAUUUACUCUAAGUCAUGGUCAAGAUUUUAGAUUUUUUAUCAGCCAUAGACAUUCUGCAGGACCUGCCUGUAGCUCUUGCAGCAACAGCCCAUUUGGUCCGCUUUCCCUGGUCUUGCUUUCCAGUCACACAAGCUUAUCUCAAGUUCAGACUUAGCUUGGUUAAUGUUAAUAUUAGGUAAGCGCAGUAAAAACUAUUCCUUACAUGGUGUAAAUGCUGAAAGGCACCAGUUUGUCAUCACUUCUGAGGUCCAAGACUCAUAUUGGUCCUCACAAAGAUAGAUGGCCGAAAAUGCACACACACAUUCUGGGAGAAGUUUUCUCUGGAUUUGUUGGACAGCAUCAUGGGACAAUGUUUGCCCUCUGAAUGACCAAUCAGCUGAAGGCCAGGGGCCGCGCCUCCAAAGUUCACCCUGACUCACCUCGACUGCUCCUCACUCCUCCUUCAAACCAAACCUGGACAGGUAAACACAGCCAAUCAUCUGCUAAAGCAAUAGACGCUGAGGACUGACAGCAGCCUUUCCCUCUGUCAGUGAGGAGGGCAGCGCCGCCCACUGCAAUCAAGAGAUUUGUGCAAACUUGCAUUAUAAGUAGGUUCUAAGAAAAUAUAGAUCCUUUUUAAAAUGUUAACUGUCUGUUUCGAGGCGUUGUUCAGAAAUGUCUCUAGUCAGUGUUCUGUAAAAUCAUCACCUGGGUUAUUGUGUAAUAUCAAAAGUAUAAGUGUCAGUUUGCCAACUCCGAUCUGGUGAUAUUCUGUGUUGAAAGCAUCUCAACAAAUCCACUGAAAAGAUCAAAAGCAAGAAUGAAUUGAUUCUAUCAGUCUAAAAGACUAGCGUAGAGGCUGAUACAUCUGUUUAGUCUGUGCCACAAGUCUCUGUAGUCUGUUAACAAGCUCCAGCAUUAUAUAAACACACACACACAGCGUCCCACCAGAUGCAGGGUCGUCCAGUUUACUCAGCCUUCCUCCGGUUUACUGAGCAUCUUCUGAGGGAAAAAAAAUAAUAGCUAUUACAAAAACUUAAACGUUAAAUGAACUCAUAUGUGCAGGCAUUCACUGCUGUAACGUGACCUUGAAAUGUGGGAUGUGUGUUUGUUUGUGUUUAACAGGUGUUUAUUAUUUUAAUGUCAUGCAGUAAGGUGUCAGUGGAGGUGCUGAAUGACAUAUUGUAGAACCGUUUAGGGACAAUCAGAAACUAGGACUCACUCAGGCGUGUCUGCAGAUUUUCACCUGGUAGCAGCUCUGGAGCCAGUAGUCAUGAGGUCGUAGAUGUUAAAAUGUACAUUUUUAUAAAUAUUUUAUUCGUAUAUCAAAGUUGAUGAGAAGCUCCAGAACGGCUACCAAGCAGUGGUAACAAUGAUGAGCACAUUGUUGGUUCUGAGCUUUUCAUUGGAUUUGUUGACUGUAUAACUAACAGUAUACUGUACCAGCCUUAUUGUUUAAAGUGGGGCUGGGGGAUAUGGUUAAUCACAAUAUGUAUGAAUAAUAUAUAUGUAUGUCACAUAUCAGAAACAUAUGUGCUUCAAACGGCAAACAUUGCAAAUGUGUGCGAACUCCCAAAAAAACUAUGAUUCAUGCUCCCUGCAGCAAACUAGUUACUAAUAUUUUGCACCAGUCAUUAAUUUGCAGCAGAAUCUGGAAUUUGACAGAUGCUUCUUUAGUUACUGCCUCAAAUGUGGCCACACAAGACACAAAGCAUUAUCUCGUCAGUAUAGUUUGCCACACGUCUCCAUUGAUCUGAUUACGCAGAGGUCCAGGUGAUGCAGCACCAUCCCCUGCUGGACACAACAGAAACUCAGACAUCGAGCUGGAAUAGAGAGAACAUAUAUGAAUAUUUUAUUUUUGGUUUAUUGAGGUGAUAAUUUAUUUUUUUAUUGCACCUUUGCCCGCGUGUGUGGGUAAAUGUUAUGUCUUUUACACGUCUCUCCUCCAAAUGUAUAACUUGUAUAAAAGAAGUUAACAGCAUCAACGAGUGUGAAACAGUAUUAUUAGAGCUAAGUCCAGUCGCGUCAACGCGGUUCCAGUCCAACGCUGAACCCAGGUGGAGCUGAGUGAAGGAAACCUCCACAGCUUCAGACCUGAACCCCUGCCUGCGCUGGAGCCGGCGCUUUGCUGGGAAGCGCUCCUGCACGUGUGUGUUUGUGUGAGUUAGAGCUGACGCCAUCUUUAUCUUUCUUUUUUUUUUUUGUUGUUGUUUGUUUCCACUUCACAUUUAAGGACUUGGUAAAGAACUGCAUGCACAUCACCGUCCUCCUGUUUGAGCCUGUUCUCAGCACAGUGUCAAGCAUUGUUGUCACAGAUUCCAAAGCAGUGAUGGUCCACGUGUCCUCAGAUUGUGAUAUUUAUUUGUGGAUAUUAGCCUAAAGAUUGUUCAGAGUUAUUUAGCAUAAUUUCUUCGUCUGACCUCAUCCUGACUGUUUGUAAGAACAGUGGAAGGAAAUGAGAUUAAAUCUUGCCAGAAGCUUU